GUUACGAUACACGUGGACCUGCCGCCAUCCGCCAUACUGCGUCUCUUCUUUUAGUUUCGUCCUGCUAGCAAGUAAGCUCUCACAGAGAAUCAUCAAUUAAAACAAAAUGGUAGCUCAGAAAAAACAAAAAAAAGCUCAAGAGAGCAUCAAUACCAGAUUAGCUCUUGUCAUGAAAUCUGGUAAAUAUGUUCUUGGGUAUAAGCAAACUCUGAAGUCUCUUCGUCAAGGCAAAGCUAAAUUGGUUAUCAUCGCUAGCAAUACACCACCGUUAAGGAAGUCAGAGAUUGAGUACUAUGCUAUGUUAGCUAAGACUGGUGUACAUCAUUACACAGGAAACAACAUUGAACUUGGAACAGCUUGUGGCAAAUAUUUCCGUGUUUGUACUCUUUCAAUUACAGAUCCUGGUAAUUCGGAUAUUAUAAAGUCAAUGCCAACUGGUGAUCAAGCGUAAUAUGUU